GAUAAAGCAUCCCUAUAUAUUAAUAGUCUUCCUAAUAUCAAGUCAGUAUAUCUUACAACCAUGGCACAAUACAAUUUUGAAGGUGAUUUUGCAAGUCUAAACGAACUACAACUGGAUUAUAUUAACAAAGUGAUUCUGGAACAAGAUGUUAAAGUCAAAAAAGUGGUUUUCCAGCAGCUUGGUCAGGCUGGUGAUAAUUUUAUGGGAAAUGUGAAGAGGAUCAUUGUUGAAGGAGAAAAUGGAACUUUACGAAUGAUUCUUAAAAUUGCAAGCUCAAAUGAAGUGACUCGUCUAACUUACAACACUGGACUUAUGUUCAAGAAUGAACAUAUUAUGUACACAGAGGUGUUGCCAAAGUUUGUGCAGCUGCAGACAGACGCAGGGGUGCCGCAAGAAGAAUGGCUGAGAUACGCGAAAUGUUACGGAUCUCUUAAUGAAGAGCCCAACGAAGUUAUCCUUCUAGAAGACCUUAACGAUUCAAAUUUCAGUAUGAUGGACAAGUUUAAGAGUCUCCCAGAUGAAUAUGUUAAAAACUUCUUGAAAACCUUUGCUGUGUUCCAUUCUCUUUCUUUUGUAAUGAAGAAACAAGAUCCAGAAAUUUACAAUAAGUUUAGAGAAGAGUUGAAUGAUCCUUGGGAACGUAUUGCUGAAAGUGAGCAAUCAAUGAUGUUCAUGGAAAAUAUUGAAAAGGACAUUGCAGCAAUCAUAGAAGAUGAAACUUAUAAAGGUUUGCUUAAAAAUAAAAUAACUGAUGGAUUUAAAUUGCGGAAAAUUCGCAAUUCAGAAAAGGAUACUAAAUAUACGGUUAUUCAGCACGGUGAUGCGUGGACUAAUAAUAUUAUGUUUAGAGUGGUAGACGAUUCACUAGAAUCCUGCUUGGUCGACUUUCAAGCCUCAAAUGACAACAGCCCAGUGAGCGACAUCCUUUUCAUGAUCAUCAUAUGCACUGACCAUGAAAUGAGAGCUCAGAAUUUCCACAACUGGAUAAACUAUUAUCACACGGAGUUGGAUAAAUCCUUAUCGUACUUUGGUCUACGAGCUGACAACAUUUACCCCCGAGAUCAGUUAGAUGCAGAUCUGAAAAGAUAUGCCAAACCACUAUUGGCGAUUUGUCUUCUAAUCACAAAUCUUGCGAUGAGGGAUUCUAAAGAAGCUGGUGUGGUUAUAAACAAUAUGAGGAAUAUGGAACACGAAGAUGAUUUGGUUGACACUUUGAAAGGUGACUCUUUGGAAAAGGGAACCGUUGCUCGUAUUAAUAAGAAAAUAGGAGGGUUUAUUGAAUCGUACAAGAAGUUUGGUUUGUUUUAAACGACGAGUGCAACAAAAUUAAUGAAUUAUAUUUAUUGUACUGUCACAAA